AUGGCAAGUUCAUGUGGAACUGUGACUACCGGUGCCCAAUUUGGUACUUACAUACCGCAGAGGAUUUUCGUCGGUGGCAUACCCAGAGACACUACAGAAACUGAGUUGAAGUCCUUCUUCACCACUUACGGCACUGUGAAGGACUCCAAAAUUAUUACCGACAAAGGCGGCGCAUCUCGCGGAUACGCUUUUAUCACUUUCGAGAAACAAGAAGACGCCGAACGACUCGUGUCUAAAGAUAGUGAACCGAUAUAUUUUCGUAACCGGAGAUUAAACAUAGGACCCGCUGUUAAAAGACAUAUUACUCCUCAAACCACGAUUCCUGCUGACUCUAAUGACCCUACACCAAUGUAUUUUGGUAAUGGCUUAGGCUAUGCCUAUCAAAAUGGAAUGACACUCCUUCAUCCAGCUGGCGAUGACAACUAUGGACUAACAGCUCAUGCUCAAAAUUCUAGUUAUUCUACUGGCACAGUGGUACUUCCACAACCACAAGCUGCCGCCGCCUAUCUUCGACCAGCUGCGUAUUCUUAUCCGCUUGGUGCAACUCAAUGGCUACCAGCAGGUCACUGGGGACUGAGUUCGUCAGCAGCUACCCAGUUUGUAAGCGCCAACCCGACUUACUACUAUACUAACUACCCGAGUGUUCAGUAUGCCCCAGAGGUCUUUUAUGCUCCUUCGUCUGCACAUCCUUACAGCUUAGAAUCUUCUCCAUACAUGGAAAACUUCCAGGUUGAAUCUUCCGCUAGCGAUAAUCUGGAUGCUGCUAGCAGCAAUAGUGCCGAACUAAGUAACGAAUUUCUCCAGCCGCAAAGUCCCCCCGUGCAAGGCAAAGCGACUUUAAUUGCAUACCCACGCUGUCCCCCAACUAUGGCUUUGAGCACCCAUCAUCAUUACCAGAAUAUGUUUGUCAAACAACCCAAAAAGAGUGUUGCUGUUGUCCCUUCGGCGCCACAGACAAUUCUCCAAAAAUCAUUUUCGGACUCUGUUGAUAUUGGUAAUAUGCUUCUUACCCCUCCUCCAACACCAAGCACAACUACAAAGUGA